GGCCUCCGCGUGGUGAGAAGCCAGCCACUCCCCCUCCAGCCUUGUGGGAAGCUUGGUGGUGAGGCAGAGCAGUGGUGACUCGUGUUGCGGUGAGUGUAGUGCACUGGUGGCCGUGCCGGAGGCAGUGACCUUGUAGUGUGGUGCUGGUGUAGUGACCUUGCCCCGCCUGAGUCCCUGUGGUGAAGACAGGCGGACUGGCGGAUACCAAUUCAGUUAGUGUGUCCACGCCUCCUGCCCUGGACACCUAGAGCAAAGGCGGCGGGGUAGCAGCCGACCCAGAGGAGUGGUUCGUGACGUCAUGCCCACACUCCCCCAUCUUCCCACGACCUCCCAGGGUGUGGGAUGCUGUGUGUGAUGGAGGGGGAUGGAGUGGGAGAUGCCACCUCGGAGUUUAUCGCCACUGGUCGGACAGGUCGCCGCAACGCCAUGCCCGACAUACUCUCCGACCACGCCGCCACCACCACGGCUGACCUGCCCGAGGCCCUGGAUAAGCUGUCCUGCUCAGACUCUGGCGGCGCAGCCGGCGCUGUGGGUGGAGGCGCGACCGGCGGCAGCAGUGAUGGCGCCAGCACGAGUCAGGCUCAGUCUUCAGGCUCUUAAUGCUCCACCUUCACCACCACCGCCCCCUGACCUGCGAAACCUCCUCCCUUUCUAGCCCCGCCCAGCCCCGCCCCGCCCAGGGUAAUGCUGCACAGAAACGAGAGACACGGGCGGUUCACCUCCUGGCAUUACAAUUAAACUAUAGUAAUAAUACCUGUGUUUUAUUACCUGCCUCCUCAUCAGGAGCCAUCAAAGUGUGGAAUGGAGGCUGCAGGUCGCCAAGGCAUGGUUUUACCACCACCACCUGUGCCACAAACGGAACCUAAUGAUCGGGUGAUCUGUGCACGCACAAAUGUGUCGUGUGGUGGAAUGCAGCCAGUCGUUGUCUGUUAACAUGUUCAACAAAGCAACAUCCUUUAGAACCAAGCGGAGAAGUGAUGGCAAAAGUUUGGUGUCCUGCUGAGAAUGUUCCGGUUAUGGAGCAGCACCACCACGCAGCGCAGCCUCCCGGGGACACCUGGACCACGAUACAUGACCAUCUAGAUAUAGGAGUUUCUUACCUGUAGACAAUGAAUGUUUCUCUAGUUAGGUAGAGGAAAGGUAGCUUUAUUUAUUAUACUGGUACUUCAUGUCAUGCUUGUUUUCGCCAUUAUAUUGUGUUGUAUGACGGUUCUCCUCAAUAAAAGAUAAUUGCCAACGAAUUACC